AUCUGAGUCUCAAUUUAGUUUUAUACGAACAUCGGGACAAUCAACAUUUCAACUAGUAUUUUCCAACCAAAAAUAUUUAGAUUUACCCUUUUUGGCUUGCGCCGCAAACGAAAAAUUGCGAAAAUUCAUUGUUAAUUUUUAGCAAUACGAUAAUAAGUAGUAUUCAAGAUCUGAGGCAAGGGCACAGUGAGUGCCAUAAUUGUAGAACCGCGUGUGCCAGAAAAUGAAUCCCACGAACUUGGGCCGACAGAAUGGUGCUCUGGUCCUGGAAGUCUUGAAGGUUCUCGGCCGUCCGGCGACCAGUUACGAGGUGACCGAGCGGGUGGCCGACGUCUACCGCCUGCCGCUGCCACGCAUCCGCCCGGUGGUCACCGAUGUCCUCGAGGGCGGGGAGCGCCAGGGGUUCUUCAGCUGUGUGAACGGCCGCUACUCGGUGGUGCAGCCGGUGGUGGAGCAGCUGGGCCGGGACAUCGAUCAGUAUGCUGCCGACAUUCUGGCGGGUCGCAGCGGCCCCAACGGAUCACCGCCCCAGAUGUCGCCCCUGAUGCUCAAGCUGCAGCAGCUGGACGGUUCGCCGCCCAUGGUCACUGCGAACGGAUACCGGCGGACGACCCCGGGCGAGCAGCCCGAACGACUGCCAUCCGGGGACAUGCCCCUGGAGGUCCGACGCCGCCUGCAAGUCGUCUCCACCCAGUGAAAAUUAUCCAGUUUUAAAAUUGUGCCAAUCUGUGCGCAGAUUUGUGAGUGCAGGAAAAAGUUUUUAAUGUCCAAUAAAAACGAACUGAGCUUCGCAUUUGGACAACAUUGGAUUGGAUUGGAUUUUAGUUAGGAUAAGAAUAAAACGUUUAUGAGCAUAUUUUUAAAUGCUCCUCCCUUCAAUAACUUAAA